CCAAAGUCCAACUAUUGCAACAACUCCAACUACGGAAAGGACAGGAGGGGAUUUUAUCGGGAUAAGGAUUUAAAAUCAUGUUCUCAAUACUCAUGAGGGAUGACUAAUAUAGACCUGAACAGGGACCUCUGAGGACGCACAAUGGUAAAAAGUGUCAUGGUAGCCUAUGCCCUGUGGGCAGUAGGUGGGCCUUUGGGCCUUCACCAUUUAUAUUUAGGAAGAGACAGCCACGCUCUGUUAUGGAUGUUAACUCUGGGAGGAUUUGGCUUUGGAUGGGUCAGGGAGUUCAUACGUAUUCCUGCGUAUGUUGGUGAGGCCAAUCAAGACGCAGAGGACAGAAAAACCCCUCCCCCUAUGGUGCCUCCACCUGUAGGCCCCGUCAGAUUUGUUGGACAGGUGUGUGUCGGGAUAUACUUUGGCACAGUGGCUCUGAUUGGACUGAACUCCCUCAGUUUCUUCUACUUGAUCGUCCUGCCUUUAUGUGUGGGCGCAGGUGUACAUCUGGUGUCCUGUGUUGGCCAGCAGACUUCUGAUCUACAAAAAACUUUGACUGCUUGUCUCAUAACCUCGCCAAUAUUCUAUGGCAGCAGCCUAUCGCCUCUCCCUAUAAGCCUAGCUGCCAGUGUCACUGCUGCACAGAACUGCAGGAUCAAACCUCCACGGCCACCUGGGCCAACGCCGGAAAUAGGUCCACGGCUUUUCAUGCUCGGUCUAGCCUGGCUGGCCUUCUCUGCUCCGCUGGGUUACUGUAUUUUCCAUAACACCACAGCCACACUAUACUACCUGUCUGACUGUGUAUCAGCACUGCUGGAUAUUUUCUGGUUCCUGCCUUGGCUCAAAAACGUGGUUGAGUACAUUCUUUUAAUUCCGUAUCGGCUCUUGUGUGCUCUUACUGGAGGUGGGUACUAUGAAGACGCUUGGAGGAAGGUUCUGGAAAUACUGCUCAAAGAGUACACGGAGAGAGAAAAGGAGGCACUGAAGGUAUUGUCAUUGGAAGUAGGGGCCUCUCUUGAAGACAUAACUCAAAGCUAUAGGGGGCUGGCCAAGACAUGGCAUCCGGACAACAACCCCAGCAAGGAUGCUGAGGCCACGUUCAUGAAGAUCCAUGAGGCUUACGAGGUCCUUCUUCGACGGCACAAACCUCAUCGAUUCACAUAGUUGCGCUUCGUUCUUAACCGACUGGCCUGAAUAGUACGAGGGAACAGAGAGACCCUGGUGGCAUUUUUAUCAGUCAGUGUUUUCUAUUGUUUGUAAAACAAAUCAAGAGCAUGCACAGAGACUCCCACAUCAUUUCACAGCUGUGUGAUUAGUUACUUGGCAGAGUUGGUCACAAACAACACUUUACUGCCCCCCUCUGGUGCCAUAUAGGUGUCUUAUCACCCUAAACUAUUUGAUCACAACAAUUAUGAUUAUGUUUUACUCUGCAUUUGCUUACUUGCUAUUAAACUCUAGAAUAACAACACCGAGUACAUAUUAUAUUAUUUCACAGCAUAAAUAAUAAUAAUAAAAUGUAUUAUUGUAUGUAAUAUCAUGUAAUAAAGGUAGAUGCAAAUGUGUGAUAGAUUGUGAAA